CUGCCAGCUCCUCGGAACAUCACGAUCCUGUCCACUAAUAUGAAGCACUUUCUAGUAUGGAGCCCGGUGAUGGUGCCUGGAGCAGCUGUAAAAUAUUCCGUCGAGUUUCAAGGAGAAUAUGAGAGAGACUAUGCCAACGAUAGCUGGAUUCCCAUUGGAGAGUGUACGGGCAUUAGUGUUACUCAGUGUGACAUCACAGAAGACAUUUCUGCCACUGUGCCGUACGAUCUACGUGUCAGGGCAGGUGUGGGGACCCAGGCUUCGCACUGGGCCACUCUCAGCAGCUUCUUCAAUCGUGUCACAACCUCCCUCAUUCCACCUAUGUUGACUGUCACAGCUGAUGGAUAUCAUUUGCUAGUGGAACUUGAGCGUCUAGGACCUGCCUUUGAAUUCUGGAUAUAUUACUGGAAGAAGGGCCAAGGGCACAAGGUGUAUCGCAAAGUGGUGAAAGACAGCAGCACUACCUUACAUAUGGACACUAUGGAAGCUGGUACUGAAUACUGUGUUAAAGCCCAGACCUAUGUUGAAGCCAUAAACCGGAGCAGCAAUUUCAGCCAGGUGCAGUGUGUGAGGGCCGAAGCAGGCAAAGCCAUAUUGGUCACCUUCGCCCCACUCUUCUUGGUUAUCUCUGUUGUGACUCUUUUGGCCCUUCUUUGGGUUGCCUGGAAAACAUGUCAGAUCUGCCAGUAUUCCUGCUGCCCGAACGAGAGCCUGCCGGACACUUUGAAAGUAACAGAAUCACCUGCUAGGCUACUAAAUUACAGGGGAGAGGAGACGGAGAGAUGUGAUGAGUCAGUGCAAGUGCUACCCCCUGAAGAGCUUCUCCGCUUGUGGAUUCAUGAAACUCUUUAAUAUCACACCAAGGACACAAUCUGCAAGAUGAGACUGCAGUGCUGCUCUCCUUUUUGCCUCUCUGAGUAAGGCACACACACACACACAGUGCACACACACAGGUAGCUUUCCUCUCCUAACAACACAAAGACAGAAAAUUGAGGAUUUGCUUUCUUCAAAGGGAAAGGCACCCAUUCAUCCUUGUCUGACAGAGAACAGCAGCCAAGCUCAUGGAUAGCCACAGAGGCUGUGAUCCUAGCUGCUUGUCAUCAUCUGCUUAGCUGAGAGUUAAAAGACCUUGGGCUGAUUACAAUGUGCUGGGUUUGCUUUUUAACAUAAAGGUGCAGUGCUAGAAGG